UCGGGAAUAUUAUUUUUCUGCAAAGCGAUCAUUUCAGCGGAAAUACGUCAUUUGGCCGCCAUUGUUUUGGCGUCCUCGCCCCAGUAAAUCUAGUCGUAACAUUUGCACCGAACUUCUUGCAAUGCCUUCAUUUAAAGAUUUAACCACCUCUGAAUUGUCCACGUUAUUGAAAAAGAAUGGAGUGGAUAAUGAAGUCAUUGAAAAAUUUCAAGAGUGAUAGCUUACCUGUAACACCAAUUCAGUGUCCAAAUGCUCUUACUGCAACUACCAGUACCCCAAAAGAUUGGUUACGGAACUACAAAAUUCCAAAUCGUUAUUCUUAUGCUGUUGAAGCUGGGUUGAAAACAGAGUAUUUACCCCCAAAUUUGAUUAACGAGCUCAUCAGAGAUGUCUGCACAAGUGUGCUAAGAUUUACAAGCUAUCCCAGCAAAACAGAACGUGUAAAGAUUGCACUUAUGAUUGUUGAAUCAUAUCCAUUCUUGAAGGAUCCACUGUUGGAUGCAAACUCAAAGCCAUGGGGAUCUAUUGAGAUGAAAAUCUAUAACCGAUUCAAAAAAUUGCAAAGAAAGAGAUCUAACACGCCUGUUACCAAUGUCUUGCAAACUAAAGGCAAAACAACAAAGAAAAGGAACAGUCACUGUUGGACGAACGUUCCCGAGCCUUGCGAAAGUGAAGAACUUACAGCAGUGAUCACUUGUCUUGGAAGAAGUCAGAAGAAUAGUGGAAGUUGUUGA